CGUAGCGCAAACAAUAAUAUGUUAUUUAAUACUGAAAUUUAAGCGAGCGUGUUUCAAAAAUGGUUGCGAGAUAUCGUUUUCGCCCUAGUUACUACAAUUUUAUACGGAAGCUAAGUCAUUAUACUCCCCCUGGUUACUCAAAAGUUAUACUUGCUCAAGAAGUCAAAGAUUUCUGCGUUCGAUGCUUGACAAAAGUCGGGGCUCAAAAGAGCCACUCAGUUUCCCUCAGCGAUGUUUUGGUUUCUGGAGAUUAUCGAGGUCAUUAUAGUCAUGGAUUGAACCGACUGGAAAUGUAUGUACGAGAUAUUCAGAAAGGUGUUUGCGAAACUAAGGCAGAGCCUAAAAUUGUGAAAGAAUCUGCAUCAACUGCACUUGUAGAUGGGAAAAAUGUCCUUGGGCCAGUUGUAGGCAACUUUGCAAUGAAUACAGCUAUUCAGAAGGCUAAGAAGACAGGGGUCUCCUUUGUUGCCGCUUUCGGGUCAAAUCACUAUGGUAUUGCUGGCUGGUACAGCUUGAUGGCGCUAGAACAGGGACUCAUAGGUAUCUCUAUGACAAACACGUCUCCUCUUGUAUUUCCGACAAGGGCUCGAAAGUUAGCCGUUGGAACCAAUCCAAUCACAUUAGCAGCACCAGGCAAAAAACCUGAAGAUCAUUUUGUAUUAGAUAUGGCUACAAGUGCUGUCGCAUUGGGCAAGAUUGAAAUGAAUCGAAGAAGAGGAAUCCCAAUUCCUAGAGGAUGGGGAGCUGAUGCAGACGGGAAAACAUCACUCGAUCCAACUGUUGUGGUCACAAAAGGUGGACUAAUGCCUCUCGGUGGUGAAGAAGAACACAGUGGUUAUAAAGGAUAUGGUUUAGGCAUGCUUGUUGAAAUACUAUGCGGUAUUAUUGCUGAUGCUGCCUAUGGCCCAAAUAUACGUCGUUGGAUGACAACUGAUAGACCUGCCAAUUUAGGUCAAUGCUUUGCUGCUAUCGAUCCAAAGGCAUUCGCACCAGGAUUUGAACAAAGAUUAUCAGAAUAUGUAAAUAUUAUGCGCCAAUUACCUGCGGUUGAUGUUAAGAAACCUGUAGUAAUUCCUGGUGAUUUUGAAAGAGAACAUAUGGUCGAAUGUGAUCAACUCGGUGGUAUUCCAUAUCCACCAGUAUUGAUUGAAAGUUUGGAUCGCUUAGCAGACGAGCUGAAAGUUGCAAAAAUGAAAAUCGUCAAAACUUUAUAAAUACUAAACUAAUUAGAGAUGAAUCAUUAUUCAAAGUAUUAUUAUUAUUACUAUUUUUCAUUUUUCCAAUAUCAAUAUUACAAUGCUGCAAUGAGAAUAAUAACAAUGCUAAGUUAGAAAAUAUUUCGUUGAUAAUAUUCAGCUGGUUAGAAGAAGAAAGUUGGAGCAUUCUACACAAUCUUGUUCUCCAACUAUAUUUUGUAAUUAUUGUUUGUUUUUUAUAUUACAAACGAUGAAUACCGCUCACCAUCGAUGAUGGCGAUGGUGAAUAGGCAGAUAGACAGGUAGAUAGAUAGAUAGACAGAUAGUUAACCAGUGAAUAUUAUUUUCACAUUUUCUGUUGAUUUCGUUUGUUUCAUGUUUCAACUGUUUUUUUUUUCCCCUUUUCACUUUCUUUACAAUUUUAAUCCCUUAAAGUUUCGUUUACACUUUUAUUUUUGAGAAGAAAAACAAAGUACAACAGUAGAACUGAAUUGUAAAUUUCGUUUACUUACUGCUACUUACUCACUGACUAUUUGGGUAAAUUACUUUUACACUAGAAUAUGUUUGUUUGUGUGUGUACAUGAACAAGAAUAAAAAUAGUAAAAAGGUUUUGUUUCAA